CCACUGGAACUGAAAGAACCAUGUCAAAGUACUCUCUCCCCCUACCUCCAUCGCUUCUGCUCCUGAUCGUAGCAUUUUCAGGAAGGUUCCUUCUAAUGGUAGAUUCAAGAACCUACCCAGGAGAUAUUGAGGUUCUCAAGGAUCUGAAAAAUGGGCUUAGCUCACGCUCUGUAUCUUCAGGUUCUUGUCUGAGCUCAUGGGACUUUUCCUUGGACCCUUGCGACAAUAUCUUCGGCAAACACUUCACUUGCGGCUUCCGCUGCGAUCGAGUCGUCUCCCGAUCGUACCGAGUCACCGAGAUCACCCUCGACCCGGCCGGUUACUCCGGUUCGCUCUCUUCCACCACUUGGUCCCUCCCUUACCUGCGCACCCUCGACGUUUCGGACAACUCGUUCUCUGGCUCAAUCCCCGACUCACUCUCCAACUUGACUGGCCUGCGCCGGCUCAGUCUGUCCAGGAACUCACUAUCGGGUCAUAUACCCGAAUCGCUUAGCUCGCUCUCGGAGCUCGAAGAGCUCUGUCUCGACAAUAACCAUAUCCAUGGUCCAAUUCCUUCAAGCUUGAACCGGCUAGGAAGCUUGAAGAGACUCGAAAUCCAGAGAAACAAUCUCACUGGAGAGAUUCCCGAUCUGGGUUCUCUGAGAAAGCUCUUUUUCUUUGACGCCAGCGAUAACGAGCUCUCCGGUGAAGUUCCGGUAACAUUGCCAUCAUCCCUCGUCGAGAUCUCAAUCCGAAACAAUAACCUUGAAGGGAAGCUCCCAAACAAUGUGGGCAAUCUACGGUUUUUACAAGUAAUGGAUCUGAGUCAAAACAACCUGAAUGGCCCUGUAUCUUCUGCUCUCUUCGACCAUCCCUCUCUGCAACAACUCACGCUUUCUCACAACAAUUUCACGUCCCUGGAAGUGCCAGGUGACAAGGGCGUCAAUAGCAGCUUAGUAGCUCUUGAUCUGAGCUACAACGAGCUCGGAGGAUUGUUGCCGGCGUUUAUGGGGUCAAUGCCGGAGCUCUCGGCUCUGUCUUUGGAGCACAACAAAUUCACGGGGAUGAUACCUUCGCAGUACGCUCUGAAAGCGGCUGUUCCCGUGGACGGAACGUCGACGUUUAAGAGGCUGUUGCUGGGUGGGAAUUACUUGUUCGGGCUCAUACCCGAUGCUUUGAUGGGUUUGAAACCGGGUUCGGUUAACGUGAGCCUGGUGGAUAACUGUUUGUACCGGUGCCCUGACGUGUACUUCUUCUGUCAAGGCGGGGAUCAGAAGUCGUUGGUGGCUUGUAAGAGUUUUGGGCCUGCGAUUCCUUGAGAUAGGAGGGCUCCAA